AUGACCCACAAGCCCCGUGCGGAAUGGGGCAAUCAGUAUCAGUUCAUCUUGACCUCCAUCUCCUACGCCGUUGGCCUCGGAAACAUCUGGCGCUUCCCGGCGUUGGUCUAUGAGCAAAAAGGAGGUAACAAACAAUUCAAGGCUUGAGAUUCUUCCAUUUUAGGCGCCUUCCUUAUCCCAUAUUUCAUUUGCUCGUUCGUGGUGGGCUUCCCAAUCUUGUACAUGGAGCUGAGUCUGGGGCAGUUCGCGAAAGCCGGCCCAGCCGUUUGUUAUGGCCGGAUACGACCGAUUUUACAGGGUAAAAUUGGUUUUCAGCCUAGAAUUUCCUUAUUUGGUUGAAAACUUGAAUUUCUGGCAGUUUUGGAAAAUGUAACGUAAUGUCAAAAAAAAAUAUUGAUUUAUUGAUUUUUUUACAUUUAGCUAAAUUUUUUGUGGUUUUUGAUGAGCUUUUUGAUUUAUCAAAGCGCAAAAUAAAAUUUCUAGCAUUUUUGCUAGUUGUAACGAAAUGUCAAAAAAUUUAUUGAUUUUUAGACUUUUGACAUUUCGUUAGAUUUUUUGCGGUUUUUAGAAAGCUUUUUGAUUUAUUUUAAUAACGCAAAAAAUUCAGUUUUCGAGUUUUUUUGCUGGUUGUAACGAAAUGUCACAAAAAUUAUUGAUUUUUAAAUUUUUGACAUUUCGUUCAAUUGUUUGAAAAACUUGCAAAAAAAUCUUUUGGUGUGAUGAUAAAUGUAUCAACAUGAUUUUUACCACCUUUCAGGUCUUGGGUGGGCAAUGGUGAUGCUCUCUUUAUUGGUUAGUAUCUACUACAAUAUGAUUGUUGCCUGGUCCUUAAUCUACAUUUUUAUGGUCGUUACGGGACAGUCGUGGAAGUGGUCAAGCUGCGAAAAUGAUUUUAAUACAAUUUGUAAGUCGAAAAACCUCGCUUUGAAAAAAUUUAAAAAUUAAAAUUUUUUAAUUUCCGUAUUUCAGAUUGCUCCUCAGGGCUUGAAGACGCCCGAUGCACAAACGAAAUGUCCUCAGUUGUUGGACAUUCGGUGCAGGCAUUCUACUUCAACGGAACUUGUCAUUUGAGUUCGGAUAUUUCGGCGAGACGGGCUCAAGCUGGACUGUUUGCCAUGAGAGGAGCAGUUAGUCCCGCUGAGGAAUUUUUUGAGUAAGAAAAAUGAUUUUUUCUUUCAAAAAAUCGCCAUAAAAUUUAAAAAUUUUAUUAGAAAUAUCAAAUUUCAUAAAAAAAACAGGUUAGACUAAAAAAAGUCGAACAAAUACGAAUUUAAAUUCAAAAAAUUGUUCAAAAACUUGAAUUUUUUGCUGUAAUACCAUUCAAAAUACGGUUCUGAUUUGUUUAUUCAAAUCAAACAAGUCAAAAAUGCGUACGCCACUUGAGAUUCCAAGGACGUCUCCGAUCCAAGUACUAAUCAAGCGCACCGCACGUCAAUCCAGCGCAUUUCCUGAACCGUUUCGAAACUUCGUACCGUUUUCAUUGGUUUAAAAGAGAGACGAAAUGUCGCGAAAUUAUCGGCACUUUUUCUCGCCCGAAAUAAAUAAUUGCUUUUUCUCGAAAAGGAAGAAGAAAGAUAAGAAAAUGCGUUUUAUCGGAUUUUGAACGAAUCACCAAAAAAGGGGCGGGAAAUUUUUUCUUCUAUUUUGGAUUGACGUGCACCGUUGCUUAACUUGCCAGAUCGGACGGGAUGGCGUGCUUUCAACGGGCUAUGGGCGUACACACACCCUUCCCUUUCCACUUUUGAUUCCUUUCCCUGCAAUUCCAUCCAGUCCACGGCAGGGGCUGCUUUUUCGAGAUUUUCUUGAAAGUUCCAAUCAAUAGUGACGUCACUAAUAAAGAAAAAAUAGAGACCAUUUUUUUUGGAGAGACCAAAAUUUUGGUGAGACUAGGACCAAUGUCAAUGUGGUUGAUUAUCAGUCUGUCGGGAAAAUAAUGUGGAUUCGUCGCGGUUUGGAAUCGCCCAUUGCUUUGCAAUGGCUAAACGGAGCUGGAGAUUUGGUGAUUGCACCUUUUUCUUAAAUUGUGAAUAUAAAACAGGCUCAAAAAUACGCAAAAUGGUGAUUUUUCGCAUUGAAAAUCUCGAUUUUUUCUUGAUUUUUUUAAAAAUUUUUUUGGUUAAAUGAGAUUUUUCAUCAAAAAAAAUGGUCUUUUUCGCAUUUCAGAAAUUUUAUUUUGGAGCGCAACCCGACUUUGGACGGCUUGGGUGGGCUGAAUUGGAAGCUAUUGCUCGCGUAUUUCAUUGCAUGGACAAUUACCACGUUGUCAUUGUCGAAGGGCGUAAAACUGAUUGGAAAGUUGGCGUAUUUCACCUCCACAGUGCCUUAUAUUAUCAUCGUGAUCUUGUUUGUUCGGAGUGUGACGUUGGAUGGAGCCUACAUUGGGAUGGAUUUUUAUUUGUUCAGCCCGGAUUUGAGCACUUUGCUGAAUUUGAGUGUAAGUUGAAAAAAAUAAGAAAAAUAGAAAAAUUCAAAAAUCCUUGGCCAAAGCUUGGCAAAUUGUCGAUUAGAACUUUUUCAAGACAUAGUUCAGAUUUUUCGCUCACGGAAUUUAGAAAAUUUUAAAAAUUUUUACGAAAAAAAUAAAAAAAAAUACUUUUUAUUUUCGAAAUAAAAAUUUUUGCGCUCAGAUUUUCUUCCAACUUUGCGUACACAUAAUGCAUAGGCCAUAUAUUAAUUCCUGAAAAUUUUAGCUCGCCCUUUGCAGUCUCAGCCGAGAUAUUGAACGCACUUUGCGACCGAGAGAGUACGCGAAACGCUGAGAGCGGUCAGAGAAAAAACAGACUUUUUGGCUGUAUCUUUACCAGUUUCGCCCGGAAAAAAUUGAUUUUUUCUGGAAACAUUACUCUCUACAGUAGAAAUAUGUACGAAACUUUUUAUGACAAAAUUCGCGAAAAAAUGUCGUAUUUUUGCCAAACUUUGACCUGAAAAUCUUGGUUGUGUUUUGCAAAGCGCGAGCUGAAAAUCAUGUACAUAUAUGACUUGGAAAAAAUUAUUCAAAAUUUAUUUCCGACAUUUUUUGCCCGUGCUUUACCGAAAUCAACGAAAUUUUUUUGUUAAAAUUGAAAAAAAAAUAUUUUUUUUUUUAAUUUUGUAAAUAAACAUUUGGUGCUAUUACAUCUGAGAUGUACAAUAAUUCUACCAAAAAUCAAAAUUUUCCCCGUAAAAUUCGAAGAGAUACCGCCGAAAAACUUUAUUUUUUUCUCUUACCACUCUCCUCAUUCUUUGUGCUCUCUCACAAAAAUUUUCCUAAAACUUUGUAAAACAAUACGAAAUAGGUUCUAAACAAGCCACAAUUCAUUCCCAUAGAAAAUUCCGGAAUUUUUCAGACCUGGCGAGCCGCGGCCACACAUGUUUCCUACAGUUUAUCGGUUGGCUUUGGUGGGAUUUUAUCGCUUGCCAGUUAUAAUGUAAAGACCCAUAAUUGUUAUCGAGACGCGUUUUUGGUCACCGUAGCGGACGCUAUAAUGUCGUUAUUUGGUGGAACAGCAGUGUUCAGUGUCCUUGGAUUCAUGUCCCAUCAAUUGGAUCUGCCGAUCUCGGAGGUUGGUCAUGAAAUAAUAUCCGAUAAAAUUAUUUAUCGAAAAAGCCCUAAAAGUUAUUUCUCGGACGACAAAAUGAGCUAAAAUACGAUUUUUAUUGUCUAGUAAAUUCAAAAAACGAGAGAUUUUUCCAAAAAAUACAAUCAGUCAUGACGUCAUUUAUACAGAAAAAUUAGAGAUCAUGCUUUUGGAGAGACCACACAGAAAAAGCGUAAAUUCCCCAGCCAAAAAGGAAAGGGCGGAUCAGAGGUAAGCUGGCUCUUUCAUUCUAUCUUCGGAUUAAUUUCCCAAGUUAAAGGUUAGCUUGAGAUUCCAGCUCCUGAAAAGUGUGGCUGAAAAGAAAAUUUUGGAAAGUUUGACUAAAAAGUCGAACAAAUAUCAAUUCAAAUGUAUUUUAAUUCAUGAUAUACCAUCUGAAAUACUGUUCUGAUUUCUUCAUUCAAAUCAAAAGAGCCAAAAAUGCGUACGCCACUUGAGAUUCCAAGGACGUCUCCGAUCCAAGUACUAAUCAAGCGCACCGUUGCUUAACUUGCCAGAUCGGACGGGAUGGCGUGCUUUCAACGGGCUAUGGGCGUACACACUCCCUUCUCUUUCCACCUUUGAUUCCAUUCCGUGGAAAGAAAAGGGGGCUCAAAAAGGAAAGAAAUGCAAUUUUUACAGCAAAAUGUUUUGAUUUUUUCUCGGAUUUUUUUUGAAAUUUAUGAGAAAAUAUUUGAGAGUCAAAUAAGCUCAAAUUUUUUUCAUUAUUUUUUUGAAAUUCUUUUAAAAAAUUGAUGAAAUUUAUUUUUUAAUUCACAGCUCAAGACAUUUUUUAAAAUACGACAGCUAAAAAAACAUUAUUUUUUUCAAUCAAGACUUUUAAGGUAGUCCAAUCCGGAACUGGUCUGGCGUUCGUCGCCUAUCCCGAAGCAUUGGCUCGAAUGCCGUGGAGCGGGCUUUGGUCGUUCUUAUUUUUCGUCAUGAUCUGGAUCCUCGGCGUUUCGACGCAGUUCGGCUAUGGCGAGGUUUUGGUGACGGCGUUGAGUGAUCAGUUCCCAUUCGUGGCGCGACACAAGUUCCCCACGGCCAUUGUGGGCUGUUUUACGCUGUUCUGUUGUGGCCUUGUUAUGUGUACGAGGAGUGGGAUUUAUUUUUUCAACAUUUUCAACGACUACAGCUCAUCAUUUUCGCUGGAGAUUGUGCUAUGCCUGGAGGCAUUAUUAUUGUGUCAUAUUUAUGGUAAGCAAAAUUUUUGAUGUUGAUUUUUAUAUGAAAAAAUUUUUGUUUUAUCAUGGGGAGUUUUUUGGUUUUAAGUCGAAAAAUUGAGAAAUUUUUGAGAAAAGUAUCAAAAAGUAUCCAUGAUCACUUUUGAAGUCAUCAAAAUGUAUCCAUCAUAACUUUUGAAGCUAUUUGACAAAACGAAAUUUUAAAGAAUCUUGAAAUUGAAAAAAAAUCAAGAAGUAUCCAUGAUAACUUUUGAGGUCAUAAAAAAUAUCCAUGAUCACUUUUGAGGUAAUUUGACGGAAUGUUUUUUAAUUCUAGAGAUUUUAAAAAAAGUAUCAAAAAGUAUCCAUAAUCACUUUUGAAUUCAUAAAAAGGUAUCCAUGAUCACUUUUUAAGCCAGAAAAAGGUAUCCAUGAACACUUUUUAAGUCAGAAAAAGGUAUCCGUGAUCGCUUUUGAAGUAGCUUGCCCAAAAAUUUUUUUCAAUAUUGAAAUUUUGAGAAAAGUAUCAAAAAGUAUCCAUGAUCACUUUUGUAGUUAGAAAAAGGUAUCCAUGAUCGCUUUUGAAGUAGCUUGCCCAAAAAUUUUUUUUCAAUAUUGAAAUUUUGAGAGAAGUAUCAAAAAGUAUCACUGAUCACUUUUGAAGUCAUAAAAAAGUAUCCAUGAUCACUUUUGAAGUAAGUCAUUUGACAAAAAUGUUAUUUUUGAGAUAUAGGCGCAAUAUUUGUGUCUAAAAUACGAUUUCCUUUCAUCUUUUGUUUGUAUAAAAAUUGCUUUCAGGAUAUUCAAAUUACAAGCUGGAUUUGGAAGAGAUGUUUGGAAAAGCAAAAACCAAACUUGGAAAGGUUUUUGGACCUACGGGAAUUUGGAUCAGCAUUGUAUGGAAAUACUUGGCACCUCUGUUGGCCAUAGUAAGUGAAAAAUGCAAAAAAAGGUCCAAAAAAAUUUCCUCUUUUUCAGGUGAUUUUCAUCUUCAGUUUGUUGACCCAGAUCCAGACCGAUCUCACCUACGGGAAAGGAGCCCGUUUAUACCGACUGCCGCGCUGGUGCAUUGGCUUUGGUUGGUGCAUUUCGGUGCUACCGCUGACCUUCCUCCCAAUCUUUGCGGUCUACAAUUUCUACAAAUUCAAGAAGCGCAAUUUGCCAAUCGCCGAACUGUUCAAAGUCCAGCCCAAAUGGCCAUCAGCAAAUCGCCAUAGGGAAGCGGAUGGGGUGGAAAGGACUUCGCUGUAA